AGAAACUUGCGGCAAUUCGCCACCCAAGCCUCACGUAUAGGCGACAAGAAAGUAGAUAUGUCCUUGAUCGAAGCCGGUCAAGGAAAGUACGUCAACUACCAACGUAUUGAAGAUAACCUCAACAUUGUUCGUUCACGUCUCAACCGUCCUCUCACACUCUCCGAGAAGAUCGUCUACGGUCACUUGGAUAACCCAGAAGAGCAAGAUAUCGAGAGAGGAAAGACUUACCUCAAGCUCCGUCCAGACCGCGUUGCUUGUCAAGAUGCUACCGCCCAAAUGGCUCUCCUUCAGUUCAUGUCAGCUGGUCUUCCUACAACUGCCGUCCCAACUACCGUCCACUGUGAUCACUUGAUCGAAGCACAAGUUGGUGGUGUUGCUGAUCUCGCCCGUGCAAACGAUCUCAACAAGGAAGUUUUCGACUUCUUGUCAACCGCUACAUCAAAGUACGGUAUCGGUUUCUGGAAGCCUGGUUCAGGUAUCAUCCACCAAAUCGUUCUUGAGAACUAUGCUCUUCCAGGUCUCCUUAUGAUCGGUACAGACUCACACACUCCAAAUGCUGGUGGUCUCGGUAUGGUUGCAUGUGGUGUUGGUGGUGCCGACGCCGUUGACGUCAUGGCUGAUCUCCCAUGGGAACUCAAAUGUCCAAAGGUUAUUGGUGUCAAGCUCGAGGGUAAGAUGAGUGGAUGGACCACUCCAAAGGACAUCAUCUUGAAGGUCGCUGGUAUCCUCACUGUCAAGGGUGGUACCGGUGCUAUCAUCGAGUACUUCGGUCCAGGUGUCGACUCUCUCUCCUGUACCGGUAUGGCUACCAUCUGUAACAUGGGUGCUGAAAUCGGUGCUACCACCUCCCUCUUCCAAUUCAAUGACCGUAUGGCCUCAUACUUGACUGCCACCGGUCGUCAAGCUCAAGCCGACUAUGCUAAGCAAUUCGCACCAAACCUUGUCCGUGAUUCAGACGCAGAAUACGACCAAACCAUCACCAUCAACUUAGAUGAGUUGGAACCACACAUCAACGGUCCAUUCACCCCGGAUCUUGCUACCCCACUUUCAAAGUUCGCUGAUGAAGUCAAGAAGAACAACUGGCCAAGUGAAUUAAAGGUUUCCUUGAUUGGUUCAUGUACCAACUCUUCCUACGAAGAUAUGACUCGUUCAGCUGCCAUUGCCAAGGAGGCAUACGAUGCUGGUCUCGUCGCUAAGUCCAAGUUCACUAUCACCCCUGGUUCAGAGCAAAUUCGUGCUACCAUCGCCAGAGACGGUGUCAUCGAAAACUUCGAAAACGUUGGUGGUAUUGUCCUCGCAAACGCCUGUGGUCCAUGUAUUGGUCAAUGGGACCGUCAAGACGUCAAGAAGGGUGAAGCCAACUCUAUCAUCACCUCAUACAACCGUAACUUCACUGGUCGUAACGAUGCUAACCCAGCCACCCACGCAUUCGUUGCCUCCCCAGACCUUGUCACUGCCAUGGCUUUCGCCGGUGACCUCACCUUCAACCCAAUGACUGAUAGCCUUAAGACUGAUGACGGCAAGGACUUCAAAUUCUCCGACCCAGCUGGUUACGAGCUUCCACCAAAAGGUUACGAUGCCGGUGAGAACACCUUCCAAGCUCCAGCGGAAAACGCACAAGAAGUCUCAGUCGCCGUUGACCCUAACUCACAACGUUUGCAACUCCUCGAACCAUUCGACAAGUGGGACGGUAAGGAUCCAGAAGACCUCCCAGUCUUGAUCAAGACCCGCGGUAAAUGUACCACUGAUCACAUCUCUGCUGCUGGUCCAUGGUUGAAAUACAGAGGUCACUUGCAAAACAUCUCCCAAAACUGUCUUAUUGGUGCCAUCAACGACGCCAACGGCAAGGCCAACUCAGUAGAGAACCAAGAGACCGGUGAAUGGGGUCCAGUCCCAACUGUUGGUGCUUGGUACCGUGACCACGGCCUCAAAUGGGUCGUUGUCGGUGACCACAACUACGGUGAAGGUUCAUCUAGAGAACACGCUGCCCUUGAACCAAGAUACUUGGGUGGUGCAGCUAUUAUUACCAAGUCAUUUGCACGUAUUCACGAAACCAACUGUAAAAAACAAGGAUUGCUUCCUCUCAACUUCAAGAAUGAAGCCGACUACGACAAGGUCCAACCAACCGAUAAGAUCAGCUUAAAGGGUGUUAAGGACAACUUUUACCCAGGUUCUGAAAUCACUAUGAUUUGCAAGCACAAGGAUGGCUCAGUUGACGAAUUCCCAUUGACUCACUCAUACAACCAAGAGCAAAUUGCAUGGCACCGUGCUGGUUCAGCAUUGAACCUCAUGAAGGAGCAAGCCAAGGCUGCAGGUAAAGCUUAAGCAGCUCAAUGAAUAUUUCAGGUCACGCAUUAAUUAAAGUAAACUAACAUCUACAAUCACUCAAACUUGUUUCUUAUUGAAUGUAUUUUUUCUUUCACAAUAUUAUUAUUAUGAUAUUAGUAUGAUAUGC